AUGGAGAAGUACGAGCUGGUUAAAGACAUCGGUUCUGGGAAUUUUGGAGUGGCUAGACUCAUGAGGGUCAAAAACUCCAAGGAACUCGUUGCCAUGAAGUACAUCGAGCGUGGCCCAAAGCAAAUAUGCCACAGAGAUCUGAAGCUAGAAAAUACUCUCUUGGAUGGAAGUCCUGCUCCACGUCUGAAGAUCUGUGAUUUUGGCUAUUCCAAGUCCUCACUUCUGCAUUCUAGACCCAAAUCAACAGUUGGAACUCCAGCAUAUAUUGCACCUGAGGUUCUUUCCCGCAGAGAAUAUGAUGGCAAGAUGGCUGAUGUAUGGUCUUGUGGUGUGACUCUUUACGUCAUGCUGGUUGGGGCAUACCCAUUCGAAGACCAAGAGGAUCCCAAGAACUUCAGAAAAACAAUACAAAGAAUAAUGGGUGUCCAGUACAAGAUCCCGGACUAUGUCCAUAUCUCACAAGAUUGCAAACAUCUUCUCUCUCGUAUAUUUGUCGCCAAUGCAAUGAAGAGGAUUACAAUAGCUGAAAUCAAGAAACACCCAUGGUUCCUAAAGAACCUGCCAAGGGAACUUACAGAGACAGCUCAAGCUGCAUACUACAGGAAAGAGAACCCGACAUUCUCUCUUCAGAGCGUUGAAAAGAUCAUGAAGAUUGUGGAAGAGGCAAAAACGCCUCCUCCUGUUUCUCGAUCAAUCGGAGCAUUUGGUUGGGGAGGAGAAGAAGAUGCUGAGGCCAAGGAGGAAGAUGCAGAGGAAGAGCUUGAGGAAGUAGAAGAAGAAGAAGAAGACGAAGAAGAUGAGUAUGAUAAGACGGUGAAGCAAGUGCAUGCUAGUGGAGAAGUCCGAGUCAUUUAA